AGUGAAAAUAUUCCUGAUGAAUAUCUGAAUGUCAGAAUGGUGUUAGUUGGAGGGAGGUGGAAGGUGUUACUUCUGCUGGUCUUGCCUGUGGCAAGCUUCAUUGCUGGACUUCUUGUAUUCAUACAAGGAUUUUUACUCACAAGACAUGCACUUUUAGAUGCUUCCACCUGCUCUGAUUUUGGUGAGCUUUCUGAAAAUGGCUGCUGGAUGCCAAAGAAAUUUAACAAGACAGUUCUGCUCCUCAUUGAUGGCCUGCGAUAUGAUUUUGCUGCAGAAGACGAUACUGUGAAAAGUGCAGUUGUCCCUGCAUUCCUGAACAAAAUGCCUGUUUUCAAAGAAAUAAUAUCUGGCAUUGCUGACAUUGACAGUAAAGGAACGACUCAUCUUCCAUGGAGGGGCAGUGGCUUCCUGGCUAAAUUUAUUGCGGAUGCCCCCACCACCACCAUGCAGCGGCUCAAAGGCCUCAUCACUGGGGGAUUGCCUACAUUCAUUGACUUGGCACAAAACUUUGACAGUGGGAGUAUCAGUGAAGACAAUUUGGUUCUGCAGCUGGAGCAGCAUGGACGCAGCAUCACCGUACUUGGUGACGACACCUGGAGGAAUCUAUUCCCAAACAGCUUCAAUCGGGACUUCUUAUUUCCAUCAUUCAAUGUUUGGGACUUGGACACGGUAGACAAUGGAAUACUGGAGCACUUAGAUGCAGAGUUAAACAACCCCCGGUGUGAUGUUCUCAUUGCUCAUUUCUUGGGCGUUGACCACGUGGGUCAUCGCUAUGGCCCCAAUCACCCCAGCAUGACGCGCAAGCUGCGUCAGAUGAACGAUGUUGUCAGGCACGUUGCACAAUCAAUUCAUGACGACACAUUGCUGCUCGUCUUUGGCGACCACGGCAUGACAGCCACGGGAGAUCAUGGCGGCGACUCUGACGCUGAAGUUACGGCUGCAUUUUUCGUCUACAGUCCAGGAUUAGUGAAGAAUUUCAGUUCUUAUUACCGCUCCUCGCCUCACAGCAGCACCAAUACAAACGAGUCCAAUAUCAAUGAGUUGCUGUUCCAAGGGGAAAUAUUUCCUGUGGGUGAUUGGAGACAUCAGACACCCCACUUGAUACAACAAGUGUCCCUAGUGCCCACCGUGUCUCUAUUAUUGGGAGUUCCUAUCCCCUACUCGAGUAUUGGGAGUGUUGUGCCACAGUUGUUUGGUUCGCUGCAAGAUCAGGUGAUGGCUCUCAGCCUAAACGUUAAGCAAGUACAUCGAUAUCUUUCUCAUUACAACGACAAGUUCUCAUCAAACAGAUUUCCCUUGAGUAUGUGGCAAAAGCUGGUCUCUCUCAAAGUAGAUAUAGACGAUAUCGGAAGGAUUAACUUGAGUAAUAGCACUCAUUUGGAAGCGUAUAAAUCUUCACUGAAAGAAGAAGCUGUGGGCAAGGAUUUGGAACAGAUAAAGAAUCAUCUUUUAAUGCGUAGAAAGUCUCUAUAUGAGGAAUAUUUAAGCCUUGCUAAAGCGAUGUGUGAAGAAGUGUGGGCGACUUUCGAUGUGACUGCCAUGGCUGGCGGAAUUUUCCUCAUGAUUGUGGCAUUGACUAAUCUGGCUAUAAUCUCACUAUCCUUAACGAAGAAAGAAGAAAUAUUCACAUAUUUUUUCAAGGGCAAUUGUGCUAUUUGUACAAUAAUAAUGUUUACAUUAUUACUAAGAAGUUGGUUGCCUCUUCCUGUGUUGAAUUUUAUUCCAGCCUUUUUGGCUGGUGUUGUCGUCGUCUUUCAUGCCAGCAAAGUUAAUAGUUUGAGUGUUUAUGCUGCAUACAAAGAUUUAUGGCCUUUGUUAAUAUUUGGCUUUGUGUGUUGUAGUAGCUUCUCCAAUAGUUUUGUCGUUCAUGAAGAUGCUGUCAUAGGCUUUUCACUCGUCUCGCUUCUUGCUUAUUCAACGUUGAGACUUCUCCUUAUCCACAAGACAAGAACGUUUGAGAAGGGCAAAAUAAAGAACCAAGCUUCUAUCUCCUCCGUGUUGGCUUACAUUGCCGUGUCAGUCUUCAUUGUUGUGGGUGUGGCAGUUCGAUGGAGUUCCUCGUAUCGGCGAUGUCGUGAAGAACAAAGCAGCUGUGAACCAUCCACUAAUUACCUCCCACUGUCCAGCAUCGAUAGCGCCCUGCAGAACAAGCGCUUCUUCAUCGGAGUUUUUCUCCUCAUCCUAACAGUUAGUCUACCUCGUCAGUGGCUCAGCUAUUGUGGAAACUUGAACGGAAUGCGGGCUGCUGUUUUUGUCUACAGAAACGCCACCAUAAUAUGCGGCGUUAUGAUAGCGACUUAUUGGGCUCUUGAUGCUGUGCCUAAACCAUCUGCCCUAAUAUUAACUUACAUGAACUACCCUCCUCGCGUAAUUUAUGCGCUUGCUGCUAUAACUAUCCUGAUAACUUUCGUCAAACCUCUUUUGAUAUUCCAACUGCAUAAAAAUAAACGCCAGUAUAACGUAACGAACGCCCACAUGCUCAUUCCAGAACUAUUCAAUAAUCUCAAAGAAGACUUCGGCCGUAACAAACGGCCUGAUUCGGAUUGUGAGACUCCUGUUGUGUAUGGACUAGCAACGGCCAUUUCGGCGCCUCUAGUAACCACGGGCAGCAUGGCUGCAAUUGUGGUGCUGCUGCUGGUGGGCGACGGUAUGGCGCUGCCGCUGCUGCUGCUCAUACUCACCGUCGCCGGCUUCUGCUUCCUGCAUGCCGCAAUUUGCUGGCAAAACCCUCUUCUGGACAGUGUGAUGCGGCUGCGCUGGGUCGGCCCUGUGGUGUGGUGCCUGCUCAGCCUGCACGGCUUCUACUCCACGGGCCACCAAACCACCUUCCCCACCCUGCCCUGGUCCGCUGCCUUCGUGGGACGCGUCGAGACGGGCGCAGGAGGGACACUGGCACCUGCAUUGUUGGUGCUGCUGCACACCUUCUCAGGUCACCUGCUGCUGGGCCUGCUGCUGCCGCUGCUGCCCCUUGCUCCCCUAACUCUCGGGGCCAUCCUGCCUACCCUCAGGAAGAAGAAAUCUGGAGACGAGCUGCAGCGAGGAGAGUUCGUGCUGCUGGAUCGGCCCGAAGUGUUUUUAGCAUCGCUGAGCAGCUUUGCUGUCUCCUACGUCUCACUGCAUUGUGCCAAGGUGCUGCUCACAUGCAUCAGUUGUCUGUUCCUGAGACGUCAUCUCAUGAUGUGGAAGAUAUUUGCACCUCAUUUAAUUUUCGAGAGCGUCGGCCUGGUGGUGACACUGUGCUCGGUGAGCUUCAGCGUGCUGCUAGCACUCCGCACUCUGGAUGUGCUUCAAACAUGGGCCAUUAGAAUCUCUUUCCUUAAAGAAAAACCCUCGUAAGAGCAAUCCAAUCAUUCACUUUUUCCUGUUCUUAUUGUUACAGACCAGAUGAUUCUCAAUCUUCAUGCUCAUUGGACCGCCUGCUUGAUGAUUCAAACAUGCGCCUUCAUGGCUACUUAAUUUGUGCAAUCCUCCUGUUAUUGAUAGUUCAUUUUGUUCAGCAAUUCAGCAAUUAUUAUUCUAAAACGUGGAUAAAUAAUCAAACAAUUAAUUAUUGAGCC